GCGAAUAUUUUUCUCAUAUUCGGGCACAGCACGUAUACCGAAAUUUUAGCACUUGUAGUGUAAAAAAAAAAAAAAUACCACAUUUGGCAUUUGAAUAAAAAUGAAGUGGUUCGAACGGGCGAGGGUUCGAUCGGUGAUAUUUUUGCUACUCGCAGUUUGCCCUGUUUUACCGGCAAAGUGCCAAGAUAACGUGGAGCACAAUGGAACGAAAAUUAUCGGCUUGAAGGAUCCGAACGUCGAUGCCACUGUCAAGUCUGCAUUGGAAAACGGUACCGUUUCCGAGGUCGUCGUUCGCAAGGAUUUGCUGCUUUUUCCCGUCAAUGCACCUAAUUUGGUGAUAGCUCACAGACAAGAAAUUCACGCUGUGCCUCAAAAUAAUAGCACCGAAGGCACAAACGGCAAACCAACAGCUGCUGAAGUAGCAGAAGUGAACGAGUACAGUUUGUCUCAAGUGGUUUCAAACGACACCAGUGGCAACGAUGAAUCCGAAAGCUCGACUAUCAUCAGCGCCGACCCUGCGGCUGCACGUGGCCCGCAAAACGGUGCGCUACUGGAGCCCGGCAAGCUCCUGGAGAUCCCUUCGGGCUUCAAUAUCUCAGACGGACUGGCUACCGAAAAAGUUGCCCUCCCCGACGAGGUGCAAAACGUUAGCGUUCCUAAAAAAUCUAUCGUGGACCUCCUAUCGAAAUCGCUCGGCCAGUCGGACGCGUCACUGACCACCGUCUCGUCGUCGUCCAUACACAAACUACUCAAGAGAUCGGUUGCCCACAUGGACAGCAACAACACAUCCACUACAACCACUACCAUUGGGAGCCUUGUCGAUUACAGUGCUAUGGUGAAGAGAUCGGCUGACCUACAGGAAGAUGGGGACGCCACGACGGAAAAUACCAAAGAUUUUACUACGUUCGUGGAGAAACGAUCUAUCGAUUAUUCCGACGAAGAUGACUCGGACAGCGACGAGAGCAGCAGUAGUAGCUCUAGUGCUGCGGAAAUCGGUAAAACAUCGGUAGAUUCGACAACCGAUUCCGCGAGUUCAACCACUCCGUCGAAUGGCGAUGGCAGCAGCACUUCCAAUAUUGUCAAAAGAUCGGUUGAGAUGGAUGGUGAUGGCAACGAUGAUGAUAACGAUGGCGAUGACAACUCCGUAAGCACCUCCGAGCCCUACGACCCCGAGGUCGAUAAGUCCAGUUCAACCACCAACAGCUCAAAUGAUCAAAAUCAAACGUUCAUCGGCGGCGAUAGUGAGGACCAAAACGGAAAAGACCACGAGAGGCAAUACGUUCCAGAAAACGAAGUAGACGAGGAUAUGGAUGUCGCCGAAGACAUAGUGUUCAGGCCGUUGUUCAGGUAUCGCCAGGAGACGCGGCUGCGACACCAGUAUUCACCGGAUAGACGAAACUAUUACGAAAAUCGGUACCGUUACAAAACCGGUGAUUCAGAUUACGAUUGAUUUUUUCAUCACCCAGAGAUUCGAAAAAUGUAUAAAUAAUUUUGACGUCAAUAGUAUUAUUCAUUCGUUAAUUCAACAAUUUGUUAGUAAAAAUAGUUCUGUUUUAAUAAAAUGGAAAUGCGUUGAUCCCACUUUAUGUUGUUGUAAUCAACUCCAAACUAGUCGAUAUAUAGUUCUAGUCUGUUACUCAUUGUGUUUUUUUGCUAUUGUCAACAAAAUAAGCGAUAUCAUGUUGACAACUAAAACUGAUGGCUAACAUUAUCAUACAUUAUUUAGCAUGUAUGGUACAAACAUUUUAUUAUAUCCACGUAUAGCUCGAUUUUUAUAAGUAAUUUUUAGAGUAAAAUUCGUUUGCGACAUCGAUGAAAACUUAUGCCCACGAAAUCGUUGUUUUUAUGUAAUUAUUGUACAGAAAAAUUGUAAUCCAAGCAAUAAAAAUACCUUUAGCACACAGAC